AUGGAGAUGUCAUUCCGUUUCCCCUUUCCCGUCAAUGACCCGCGAAUGCAUCGCGAGGAGGAACUAACUCUGGCGAGAGUCGCUUCUCAGCGAGGCGCCAAUGGACCUUCUCCCCUGGGCACUCCCCUACCGCUUGAGGCGCGAAAGGAGGCCUCCACUGAACCUACGACACCAUCCCCCUUACCGACGACCAAGAGGAAAUGGGUAUUUGCCGACCCUGUGGCCUUUAGAUACCUAGAGAGCGAUCCGUCGGUCACGGUUCUCGAGCGGCGAGGAAUAUUACAGGGAUACGAGCUAUACUUGGUCGAACAAUGGGCAUGUUCACGGAAAUCGCCAACGCUGGUCAUUGUCACAUACACAGGUGACCCGAAGCAUCAGGUUGUCGUUGGGGUGCUGGCCGUCCCUGCGGACGAGAGCAUGUGGUCCGACCGCUUGCGAUUCUACUUCAAGGCCAUCCACCAGUAUCAUGCCCGUCCGAAGGAAACGCCAUUGGGCGACGUGAUGGUCACGAACCUCAGCAGCUUCCCCUCAGCUCUGACAGUCAUACCCGUACCUGAAGGCGACAUUCGCACACACCGCCAGGCCUUCAUCGUCAAUGAGAACCUAAAGCGACUGGGAUGCUCUGGGCGAUCUGGCAUGAAUCUUUCAGACCCCACACCUGCAACGCAGGCCAAAUUUUACCAGCUGUACAGGACAAGCGAGAAGGUUCCCAUUGCCCAGUCGGCAGUGGAGCUUGUCAAAUUAUGCCAAGUCUCUCUCUUCAUGUUCGGAAAACUGGACAUGGAGUACAUUGAUGGUUUACUCUGCGACAAAACUGAGGAGUCCAUCGGAAACUGGUGGACGGAGAUUGGCGCCGAGUGCUACAAUGUUGAGCCUACAGAUGGUAUUCUGGGGCCGACGACAACCGCAGCCCUACUCGGGCUGCUCAUGGGCGCCAGAAAUCGACUACACUACUACGGCGCACCGGUUUCCAAGGACGUGUUCGAUAUUGAAAGUACGAAAAGGGGCAUCGGUUACUUCCAAAAGGCGUACAAGCUUGAGCGGACGAGACGGCUGGAUCGUCCGACAAUUCUCAAGCUUCAUUCCGUCACAGCCAAAGCUGCUGCUGGUGAAGGCUGGGGCGUGCAAAAGGCCGUCAAGUCUACCGUCGCCGAAAUCGGCGGCAAAAGGGGCGAGCUGGUCAUCGGCAUGGUCGGUGGGAAAGACAAGGCCGGCAUAGCUGAUAUUGAGACGGUUGACAUUGACAAGUUCAUUGCACUGGCUUACGGUGAGCGCGCAAAGUGGCUCUGGUACGGGAAGCCCAGGAGAGCAGCGCCAGAACUACAGGAGAAACCAACAGACGUGGCGCAGCCGCUCUUCGGAAAGGAUGAGAUCGCACCGCCGUCUAGCAAGCGAACGCAAUCGUUGCCGCUGGAGGAGGAACUUCAGAGACAAAAAGAAGAGUCACCUGGCGUUUACUCAACCCCAGCGCCUGCUUCAGCUGUUAGUGUGGUUGACGGCUCGGGCGAGAAAGACGCGCUUAGGAAGACAGUCUUCAAAUCGGUUGCUGGCAGAGUCAGUGAUGCCAAGUCUGGUCUGGGGCGCAUCAAAGAUGUUGUCGGUACUGGCCUGAGAGGCCACGCGAGUCGCCCUAGUAGAGACGAGUUCGGCGAAAAUGGCUACAACAGCGCUCCCGGUAUCUCGGCUUUGGCGCAGUCUUCAGCAACGUUGUCAUCUCCAGUCAUGGUUGGUAAGGCCUUCACAUGGAAAAACAAGCCGGGGGAGUACAUGGAUGCUUUUAAGAAAGAGGCAGAAGCUGCGCAGGAGUUGCGGGAAUCAUCGCAGGAGCUUGAAAAAGUUCCUGUGACUGCCAGGCCUACGCGCGAGGCAUCAGACCCAAGCUCGACGCAUGUCGAGACCGAGAAAUUCUCAACACCCCCCAAUGGCCCAAUCAAGGACGAGGCAGAUCGGAUACAAACAUCGGUAGCCGGGUCUGUGGUUGAUGAGGCCGAUCUUCAUGGCCCCUUUGAAGCAGAACGAACUAGCAACACUGCUGUUAGCUUCCUCCAACGGCGACACAGUGUCGCUGUUUCCAGACUCUCGUACAAGCAUCCCUUGAACGAAGCUCGCUGGCCUCGGCGGCUGUCAUUUGGAGAUGCGGAAGAAGCGGUCCUAAGAUGGGAGGAAAUCACUGGAUUAUAUGACGAUAAGCACUUCUCUACCGCCGACGCAUUGCAGCAGCAAGCCAGUCUGGCCGAGUUUGCCCGAAGCUUAUACGAUUCCAUCGCUACCAUCAAACGUGAGGUCAACCCAUGGGUUGAGUCAAAGGUCAAGGCCGUAGAUGCUUUAGACGAGCACUACAGCCGCGAGCAAGAGGAUUUGCAGAACCUCUACUACCAGCUCAGCGAGGCAUAUCACCGCGUCAAGCAGAGCUCGACAGAGCUCAUCGCCGAAGAGCGCGCGCACAUCACCGAAGCUAUUAAGGAGGUCGAGGUACUCGUGGCACGACUCGAAUACGAAAUCAACGGACUCGUGAGCAAGGUAGACGAUGUUGAGGACGGAGUCAGGCUAUUCGAGAGACAAGUCGAGGAUGUGGAGAAGCGCGCCGAGGAGCUGAAGUCGACGCUAGAGACGGAAAGCUGGGCGCACUGGUUCGUACGGACGCUGACGGGUAUCGGUACGGGGCCCAAUAUCACGAGGGGGAGGUGA